AUGAUCCUUUCCGUGGUAAACGUCCUUUCGACCGCUAUCAAAGCCAACGCUGCCGUGGUGCUGCAGAUGCUUGAUAAGCUUCCUGCUCUUGGAGUUGAGCAGAGGGCGAUUGUGGAGGCGGUGUUGGAACUAGAAGAUUCGGCGGCAACGGGUGUUGCGGGAGGUGAUAUGAUGAAUACAAGGGGCACGACGGAGAUGGGCAAGUCCACGAAGUUUAUGAUGAAUAUGGACGUGAUGGUAGGAGGAGGAAUCACGGCGCCAGGCAUCGUUGGGUCUGAUGGUGACGACGAACUGCGUUUGCAAGAUGCGUUUUCGAGGCCGCAAAGGUCUAUACGGUUACAGGAAGUCCGUAGCAUUGUUCGUCAUUAA